AUGGUCAAUCUGUUGGAACAGCUCAAUGGGCUCAAACCGUUGAGUCUCAAGGACGAAUCUAAGCCUGAUCAAGGCAAGGACGAUAGCGUUGGGGAAUCUGACAAAUCUGACAGCACGGAGAAGCCAGAGAAAUCUGAUAAACCUGAAAAGCCCUUGAAGAAAGAGAGAAAGAGAAAAACACCAGAUGCUACUGAAGACUCUAAGGUGAAGAAUGAGACUGCUGCUGCUGCCACGUCUGCCUCAGCGUCCGGUGAAGCAUCCUCUGGUGGUGCCGGUGACGAUGGCUCAGGUGACAAGAAGAAAUCUUCAGCACUACCAGUUCCCGAAGUUUAUCCACAGGUUCUUGCCCUGCCAAUGUCCCGCCGUCCAUUGUUCCCUGGAUUUUACAGACCUGUUGCCAUUACUGAUCCGCAGGUUAUCAAGGCUAUCAAUGAACUUUGUGACAAGAAGAAACCAUACAUUGGUAUUUUCCUCUUCAAGGAUGAGAACGCCGAUGGUGAUGUGAUUACAGAUCGAGACCAGGUCCAUGAGGUUGGUGUUUUUGCACAAGUCACCUCGAGCUUUGUAUCCAACGACGAGAUGACUGGUGUCGAUACAAUGACUAUCAUUGCAUAUCCACACACAAGAAUCAGAAUCGAUGAACUCCUACCACCUAAGACUCCGCAGGAGAUUGAACAAGAAUUGGCUGAUAAUACUUUAUCCAUUGAAACGGAAGAGAACGAAUACAACCCUACGGAAUUUAUCAAGAAAUACGAGGUCACUAGGGUCAACAUUACACCAUUGGAGGAUGAAGCAUACGAUAAAAAAUCACCUGUCAUUAAUGCACUAACCUCUGAAAUUCUCAAAGUCUUUAAAGAUAUUUCCCAGGUCAACAGCAUGUUUAGAGAACAAAUUGCAACAUUCAGUGCUACUAUGCAUGGAUCUACAAAUAUCUUUGAACAGCCUUCAAAGCUUGCUGACUUCUGUGCCGCUAUCUGUGCUGGUGAGCCUCAGGAAUUGCAAGAUGUGCUCGAUUCUUUGAACAUCGAGGAUAGGUUGGAAAAGGCAUUGGUUGUUCUGAAGAAGGAAGUUAUGAAUGCUGAAUUGCAAAAUAAGAUUACUAAGGAGGUUGAGAGUAAGAUCCAAAAGAGACAACGUGAAUACUAUUUGAUGGAACAACUUAAAGGUAUCAAGAGAGAGUUGGGAAUCGACGAUGGACGUCAAAAGCUCAUUGACACAUUCAAAGAGAGAGCAGAGAAGUUGAAAUUACCACCAGCAGUUCAAAAGGUAUUUGAUGAGGAAAUUUCUAAGCUGUCCACUUUGGAGACUGCAAUGUCUGAAUUUAGCGUUACAAGAAACUACUUGGAUUGGAUAACGCAAUUGCCUUGGGGUAAGUACACUAAGGAGAGUUUUGAUAUCAUCAACGCUAAAAAGAUCCUGGAUGAAGAUCAUUAUGGUUUGGCUGAUAUCAAAGAUCGUAUCUUGGAAUUCAUUGCCGUCGGUAAUUUGCUCGGUGCCGUUGAUGGUAAGAUCAUUUGCUUUGUUGGUCCACCAGGUGUUGGUAAGACUUCUAUCGGUAAGUCUAUUGCGCGUGCAUUGAACAGAAACUUCUUUAGAUUCUCUGUUGGUGGUAUCUCAGAUGUUUCUGAGAUCAAAGGUCAUAGAAGAACGUACAUCGGUGCUCUGCCUGGUCGUAUAAUCCAAGGUUUGAAGAAGACACAGUCUCAAAACCCAUUGUUCUUGAUCGAUGAAAUUGACAAAGUCACGCAUGGAGGUUCUCAAGGUGAUCCUUCUGCCGCUUUAUUGGAAUUACUGGAUCCAGAACAAAACUCUGAGUUUUUGGAUCAAUAUCUGGAUAUCCCAGUUGAUCUAUCCAAGGUUUUGUUUGUGUGUACUGCAAACACCUUGGACACUAUUCCAAGACCUUUGUUGGAUCGUAUGGAGGUUAUCGAACUUCCAGGUUACGUUGCAGAGGAGAAGGUUAAAAUUGCAGAGAAUUAUCUGAUUCCAUUGGCCAAGAAGGGCUCUGGUUUGGAGGAUGCCAAUGUCAAACUAACCACGGAAGGUGUUGAGUAUAUUGUGAAACACUAUGCUAAGGAGAAUGGUGUCAGAAGAUUGAAACAACUCACUGAAAAGGUUUUCAGAAAGGCUGCCUUCAAAGUUGUCAAGCAGGUAACGGAAUCAACUGAACUUGCUAAGGAACAGAAGGAAACUGCUAAAGAGACUGCUGAAGAGAGCAGUCCUUUGGAGACCAAAGAGACCGUUCUCGAGGAGAAUGCUGAGGUUCAAAGACUACAAGUUCCUGAAGAUUUCGAACUUGAAAUUACACCGCAAAAUCUGAAAGAAUUUAUUGGGCCUCCAAUCUACCUCACAGAUCGUUUGUACGAGACCACACCUCCAGGUGUUGUCAUGGGUCUUGCCUGGACUUCGAUUGGUGGUACGUCCAUGUACGUUGAGGUCACUGCUGAGAAGGCUGUCGAUGAAUCUGGCAAACCACAAGGUGGACACCUAUCGGCGACUGGCCAAUUGGGAGACGUGAUGAAGGAGUCGUCCAAGAUUUCGUUCUCCGUGGCAAAGCAGUACGUUGAAGACGACUUCUUCAAGACACACAACAUCAACUUGCACUGUCCUGAAGGUGCAGUUCCGAAGGACGGUCCAAGUGCCGGUAUCACGUUAACCACGGCGUUGAUAUCCCUGGCCAAGAACGUUCCCCUUCCUUCGAUCGCCAUGACCGGUGAGAUCACGCUGACUGGUAAGGUGCUCAGAAUCGGAGGCCUGAAGGAGAAGCUGAUUGCGGCAAAGCGCAACGGCGUCACAACGCUGUUCCUUCCAAAGGACAACCAAGGUGACUACGACGACCUUGCUGAAAACUUGAGACAAGGGUUUGAUGUGACGUUCGUCGACAACUACAGCCAGAUCUACAACAAGCUCUUCAAGUAA